AUGAAAUCUUCAAAGGAGAAGCUAAGCAACAUGGCCAGUGCCGCCAAGGAACACGUUGACAUCUGCGGAGCCAAAAUUGACGAGAAGACAGAGAAAGCAAGGGCACGAACAGAGGAGGAGAAAGUGAUAGCACAUGAGCGCGCAAAGGCGAGAGAAGCAAAGGCAAAAAUGGAGUUGCAUGAAGCCAAAGCCAGGCAUGCAGCCGAGAAGCUAAGCACCAAGCAGGCGCACCUGGACCCUUCCUCGUUUGGAGCACACCAUCAGCAGCCCCCAACAACAACGCACCAGCAACCAUUAGGGUCUCUUGCAACGCCUGCUGGAGGAGUCACCAAUCCUUCAUAUCCAUUGGGAGGAAAUCAUCAUAUCAAUAAGCACAUUUAGAUAUAUGUGUAUGUAUACGGUUAUACUUAGUUAUUCCCCCCACUGAUGGCCACUACUACUGUUUCUUUGCGUGUUAGUUUCUGUUUCUGGUGAUUCACGUUUUCAGUUGUUAGUUAUCGGAUAUG